AUGAUUAACUUAUAUUUAACAAAUAGAGAAAUACUUUUAUACGAUGUGGACGAUUGGGCAGUUUUGAGAAAAAAUUAUAGAAUUAUAGGAGAAAUAGUAGGAGAUUCUUUACAUACACCAUCUCUACCAGUUAAAAUUCUCCCAGAAGAAGCUUGCUUACUCUUGUCUAAGAAUAUUGUUAAUGUACUAGAAGCUUCUGAAGAAAUAAUCAAAACUAAAAACGAUCAAAAUCGAUUAGACGAGUAUGAAACAACAUUAUUAUCAGCUCAAAUAGUUGAAUAUCAAGAAACCCGAAAAGUCCAAAUCGAAAAAAUAGUUGAUAGAAUUAUGGCUAAACCAAAUGAAAACCGAAGUAGGGAAGAAAUUAUAGAAGAUCAACUAAAAAGAACACCUUCAGUAACAAAAGAAAAUAUGAUUUGGCCCGUUCAAUUGUGUACAUCUAAUACAACAAAUAAAAAAACAGUUACAAUAAGCGAUAUUUUAAAAAUUACAAGUAAAUUAAAAAGUGAAAUUUAUUCAGAUUUGUGGGAAAGGGGUUAUUAUAUUACACAAGGACAUAAGUUUGGUGGAGAUUUUCUAGUGUAUAAUGGAGAACCUAUUUGCCAUCACGCGGUUUUUAUAAUUAAAUGUGUCGAAUGUGAGGAAAAUAUUUCUCCAUUAGAAGUAAUCGCAUUCGGUAGGUUAGGAACUUCAGUGAAAAAAAGAGCUGUAUUAGCGUCACUAACAGAUUCCAAAGUGUCUUAUAUUACAAUUAACUGGAUCGAUUCAUAAUACAAUAUAUUAUUUAAUUCUUAAGGGUAAGUUAGUACUUAAUAUAAUUAUUUAUUAAUCAUUAAAGCUUAUUUCUUAAAGUAUGUAUAUCAUCUAAUGAAUCCAGCAUGUGGAGGUGUCUAAUAUAAAAUUACAAUGUAUGAAUAUUAUAUUUUCCAAAAUGGCAGUAAAUUUGGUCUAAAACAUUCUCAAAACUGAUCUAGAUAUGAAAAUUUAUCAAAAAACUUAUGUAAAGAAAAAUGUAUCAAAAAAUCUUCAAUAUUUGAUUUAAUUGGUAAUUUAUCUAGAAUAUUGAGAUUCCUGCUAUAAAAUUCUAAUGCACAUGUUAUAUUUCCUAUUGUAGUUGCAAAUUUGGAUCAAAAAAUGCACAAAAUUCUUUGGUAUAGAGGAAAGUAUAUCAAAAAAUUUUCAAUAUUUGAUUUGAGCGGUAAUUUAUUUGGUAUUUGGAGGUGCCUAUUUUGAAAUUCCAAUGUAUAAACAUUAUUAUCCAUAGUAGAAGCAAAUUUGAUCUAAAACAUGCUCAAAACUGAUCUAGUUAUGAAAAUUUCUCAAAAAAAUCUUCAACGUUUGAUUUGAUUGGUAAUUUAUCUAACAUUUGAAGGUUCUUGCUACCAAAUUCCAAUAUAAAUGUUAUUUUUUAUCAUAGUUACAAAUUUGGGUCAAAAGAUUCCCAAAACUCUUGUAUAAAUGAAAACGUAUUUAAAAAAUUAAUAGUAUUUGAUUUAAUGAUCAAUUUAUGACAUUAAAAACCAUAUUUCAACAAAUUAUGUACAGUAAAUACAAAUAGAGAUAAAGAAGAUUCUUCAUUUACAAUUUGUUUAUUAGAUAAUACUUGUUCUUGUACUUCCAUAUUAGCAUAAUAUAAAAUUACAAAUGAAAAUAUUAUUAGUAUAGUGCCUUAGGACGUGACAUUAAUAAACAAUGCACUUACCUUGAACAGUUUAUUACUGAAUAAAUAUAUACUGCACAAUUAGAAA